AUGUCAGAUAAAAUCUCCAUCACCAUCUGCGGCGACGGCGGCUGUGGUAAAUCCUCGAUUACGCUGCGACUGGUCCGAUCGCAAUGGACGUCAGAAUAUGACCCUACCAUCGAAGACUCUUAUUCAGUCACUCGCACCGUCGACGGGCUCAACUACCAUUUAUCUCUCACAGACACUGCCGGCCAGGAGGAGUACCGGAGCCUGUGGGCGGCUUCAAACCUACAAUCGGACGCUUUCCUACUCGUCUACGACAUCACAAACCCUCAUUCUUUGGACGGUCUCCAGUGGUUCCUGGACAUGAUUGAUAUCGAGGCCGAGAACAGGCUCGAGGAUAACAAUCGCCUACUAACCCAGAAAGGCCAAAGAGUGCGAGGAAAGCGCGAAGAAGGCUGGAAAUUCCCUCCCAUUAAAAUCGUGGCAGGCAACAAGUGCGAUCUGAAAGAAGCAAGACUUGUCAGCAGCAAGAUGGGUUGGGAAUGGGCAAAAGAUCACGGCUGUGGUUUCAUGGAGACCAGUGCCAGAGAAAUGGUCAACAUUGAAGAGACCUUUGCUCUCAUUGUCAGACGCGUUGUCGAAGCCCGACGGAACACUGGCCUCGCCGGUGUUAAUGGUCUCGGCCACACGGGCCAGCUAAGCCAGACAUCUGGUUACUCAAAGCCGCUUCAGAUGAGAGCCAAUCAGCCCGCCAGUCCAACACCUCGAGCGCCUAACGAGAAAAGCCGCUUUGAUGAUGAGCCCAGCAGCAAGCCUUGGUGGAAGAAACUUUUCACCUGUGCUUGUUUCGGCUGA